CCGUCUUUCACCAGACUUCUUUAGCAUCCUCCUAGGGUUUCAUCCUUAAACCUCCAUUUCCAAACACAGGAGAGGUUAAAGAGACGGCGCUGCUCAGCUGUCCGCCUUGACCUAGCCUUAAGCUUUGUCUUGGCCCUCGAUUUUGCCUCUUUUUUUUGUUAACAGUCUCUCUCUCUCUCUCUCUCUCUCUUAAAAUCCCAUAAUAAAAAAUGGUUGGAAAGCUCUCCAAGGCCGACAAGAAGAUCGCCUACGACGCGAAGCUCUGCCAGCUCCUGGACGAGUACUCCCAGGUCCUGAUUGUAGCCGCCGACAAUGUCGGAUCCAACCAGCUCCAGAGCAUCAGGAGGGGUCUCCGAGGUGACUCCAUCGUUCUAAUGGGGAAGAACACCAUGAUGAAGAGGUCCGUUAGGAUCCACUCUGAGAACACCGGAAACAAGGCUUUCCUCAAUCUCAUUCCUCUCCUUGUCGGAAACGUGGGUCUGAUUUUCACCAAGGGUGAUUUGAAGGAAGUUAGUGAGGAGGUUGCCAAGUACAAGGUCGGAGCCCCUGCUCGUGUUGGUUUGGUUGCCCCAAUUGAUGUCAUUGUUCCUCCUGGCAACACUGGGCUCGAUCCUUCCCAGACCUCUUUCUUCCAGGUGCUUAACAUUCCCACCAAGAUUAACAAGGGUACUGUUGAAAUUAUCACCCCUGUUGAGCUCAUUAAGAAGGGUGAGAAGGUCGGAUCUUCCGAGGCUGCCCUCCUUUCCAAGCUUGGGAUCAGGCCCUUCUCAUAUGGUCUCGUUGUCCUUUCGGUCUACGACAAUGGUUCAGUCUUUAGCCCAGAGGUGCUUGACCUGACUGAGGAUGAUCUUGUUGAGAAGUUUGCUGCCGGUGUGUCAUUGGUCACCUCAUUGGCAUUGGCCAUCUCUUACCCGACCCUUGCUGCCGCACCUCACUUUUUCACCAAUGCCUAUAAGAAUGUCCUUGCUGUUGCCGUUGCUACAGAGUACACCUUUCCACAGGCUGAAAAGGUUAAGGAGUUCCUUGAGGAUCCUAGCAAGUUCGCGGUUUCUGCUGCCCCGGUUGCUGAUGCAGGUGCCGCUGCUGCCCCAGUUGCUGCCAAGGAGGAAGAGAAGAAGGAAGAACCGGCUGAGGAAUCAGAUGAUGAUAUGGGUUUCAGUUUGUUUGAUUAAGUUUUAUGGUAGUCGUAUGUCUUUAGGAUUUUGAUGAUUUCAUUCGCUUGAAUUUUUUUUGGCAGUUCCAUACAUUUUCGUUUAUGUUGCUACUUUGAGGGUAAUUUAAUAUGAUGGUUUUAGGGUGUUGAGAUUUUUUCGUGUUAACAAUUACGUUUAUUUGUUUUUGUUA